UCUCCCCUCCCUCCCCGAGGUUUCCGCUUCCUGUUCUGACGGACUCUCCGGCCGUAACGAUGAUCGGAGACAUCCUGCUGUUUGGGACGCUGUUGAUGAACGCUGGGGCGGUGCUCAACUUUAAGCUGAAAAAGAAGGACACGCAGGGCUUUGGGGAGGAGUCGAGGGAGCCCAGCACAGGUGACAACAUCCGGGAGUUCCUGCUGAGCCUCAGAUACUUUCGAAUCUUCAUCGCCCUGUGGAAUGUCUUCAUGAUGUUCUGCAUGAUCGUGCUGUUUGGUUCCUGAGCUCCAGAUGCAGAACCAAGAAUACACCUUCUCAGAGUCUCUCUUCCUCCAUUCCUGACAACUUCAAGAAUGUUCCUGACCAGAAACCGAGUGACCUUCCCAGAAAGUCCAAGCUUGUGGUGGGUGGAAAAAAUGUUCACCAAGAUGCACAUGGUUUCCCAGCCACAUCACUGUUUUCUUUUCAAAGAUGUUUUUGCUUUGAUCGCUGCCUUGAAAUGCUGUCUACUUAAAGAGUCUGAGGAGAGUGUAUGUAAAGGGCUGGGACAAUGUUGCAUUCCCCAAAGAUAAAAGAAGCUAUUUAAUCAGAGCAGAAUCUCUCUUCUACCAGGCUUUCCCUGGAAACCCAUUUCUGUGUCUUUUUUGGUUUAUUUUUAAUAACCAUCCUUUUUUGGUUCAAGUUAUACAGAUUUAUAAAAAUCUUUCUUAUCCAGGGAUCUGAAGCAGAAAGGUUGGCUUUUCAGUUUGAUGUAGCCUCUCGUUGGACUGUGUUUGUGACGACUGAGCAAGUUCAUUGUUGCUGGUUCAGGUCCAGAUUCCUUCCCCAUCACAGUGGGCUGUGCUCGGCCACCCCGUGCCACUAAGGUUGCCCCAGGACUUCGAGGGUGAAGUAUUAUGGGUUCCCAUGGAAGAGAGGUGCAGAGCAGUUGGCAGGGCGGAUGGGGGUUUUAUGAGAAACUUUGCCUUGCCUGGAAGUCCUCUAUUAAAGUAACUUUUGGGGACCAUUAAUUGUAGAGUUUUUAGAAUGAGAGUGAUUUAUGUAGUGGUACUGGGAUCCAGUUCUGAAAGCUUGGGUUUUGGGGUCUGCUUUUUAAGUGGAUGAUUUCAAGAUUGACAAACAAUAAGCCUCGUUUGAGGAAAUACAGCAUUUUGCACAGAAGCUUCUUUGAAUCCGAGUCCGAAUUUAAUCACCAACAUGGCCGUCUGGUGGUGAGCACCCGGAUCUUACAGGUGUUUGGUUUAUUUGGUGUGAUGUGUGAAAUCCAAGCUUGUAGGUAACCUGGUGGGAGGAAAAAAUAAAUAUGCAGGCUUUUAGAACUAAGUAGAAUUGAAAAUAAAGCUCGUUUCUAAAAAGG